AUGUCGGCAACAACUGGCCAUUCUAAUGACGCGUACCUGGGAAUCGUGUUGGUGUCGGACGCAGGUGCCAUCACGAGGAAAGCAAGCGAUCAACACGCACUCAAACGUCCGUACAACCCCGACGCCGAACCCGACGCCGCGUCCGACGCCCAGCCUGACGCCCAGCCCGACGCCCAGUCCGACCCUCCGUCGGUGGCCGCUUGGGCUCAGGCUGAAGCCUCCCUCCACGCGGGCGUGGACCGAGUCCAGCAGCUUGGCGCCGGGUCGGCCGCGGCGAGCUGCGCGGACCUGACAGGCUCGGCGACGGUGCCGACGUCGACCUUCGAGAGCGAGAACACGCAGACCACGGAGGAGGCCACGAGGGGCCUGCAGUGCUCCGAGAGUGAGGCCACGGACCCCAGCCAGAGCGAAAAGUACUUGCUGCGGAAGGAGCGGCUGCGCCGCAAGAGGCUGGCGUCGUCAGGCGCCUACGGGAGUAUGCUGCGGAGGGUGUACACGUCUCAACACGACGAGGAUGACGGCCGGGCCGCCAGUGUCUCGAGGAUAUGCGCGGACCAGGGCCUCGCGCUCAAGGAGGUGACGCUCGUCGGGGAGGGCUCCUUCGCGAGGGUGUGGUGCGGCCAGGCGGCCUCGGCGGCGUACGGCCUCGAGCCUGGCGACCGGGUGGCCCUGAAAGUGAUCCGCGAGAGGUUCCGGGGCGCCCUGGCGACGCAGAAGUGGACAGAGCGGGAGAUCCAGGCCAUGAUGAUACCCGAGCACGGGCACCUCGUGUACCUGUUCAAGACGCUCGCCGACGGGUCCAACCCAGUGCUCUGCAUGGAGUUCUGCCCGGGAGGGUCGGUGCACGAGGUCAUACACAGCUCGCAGAGGAGGCACGUGCCCACAAUGGCUCAGCGCAUCAAAAUCGGGCUCGACAUUGCCAGGGGCAUGGCCCACCUGCACUCGCACAGCGUCUUGCAUAGAGACCUGAAGCCCAGCAACGUCAUGCUCCUCUGUGAGCUGGAUUGCGGAGCGCGGCAACCCCACGCGAAGGUUGUGGACUUCGGCCUUGCAAGGUUGUUGGAUGCCGCCGGUGCCGAAAGUGGCGAUUUGACGCUGGAUGUAGGCUCUCCAGUUUACAGAGCCCCCGAACUCUGCUCCAGCGAGGGCACCGUGGGGCACUACGACUUCAAGGCGGACGUCUUCUCCUUCGCGGUGCUUGCGAACGAGCUCCUCACCGAGGAGCGCCCGUACGCGGGCUUCCCGCAGAGCGGGCGUCCGCGCCUGGUGUUGGCCAUCAUAUCGGGAGCCCGGCCGAGCCAGGCCAGGAUGCCGGGCGACACGCCGCCAGAAUUCGCGUCCAGCGGACGCGUGGUCUGCUGA